AUGAGUUAUGCAGAGAUUAAUGAGACCAGCGCGCAGGAGGUGGAGAAGGAGGGGUUGCACAGGCCACUGACUGCAAUAAAGCGCCCAAGGCCGUCAACGGAAGAUUCAGCACCUUUGCGUGAAAUUCUCAAGGCGUUUGGGCAACGUGCGACUGCGCUAGACAUGGAAGUUGCCGCUUGUGGCAACCCUCCAGAUGAGUUACAAGCCAAAUUGUGGACCCUUAUCCUUGACAUUCGACCAUAUGUGCUUGUGGCGCUCACGUCGAAUGUGUUGGCGGUUCCUCUGGAGAUGAAAAAGUUGUGCCAUGCAGGCUCGCGGCGAGUGUUGAGAUAUGUUUGGCUUGCCCUCCGUAUUUACAUUAGCGUGUCUCGCAUUGCGGCGGUAGUUCCCGGCAUCCUUGUGCAUAGCAUAUUGACUCUCCUCUCCUUACUUCCCGUACUUGGAGCACCAUACCCGCUAGGCAAGGCAAAUGAGGAGAUACUAUUUAAGGGUAUUCAUCAGGCUUUUGUUUUACUCUCCUCCCGUUCUCCGUCCUUGUUUCAGCAGCUUUGUCGUACCCUCUUACGGGAUGACACGAUGGGUGCCUUCAUUUUUCCUCAAAUCGCCGGGAUAAGGUGCUCAUACGGGCGCUGCGUCAUUAAGAUUAGCGAUCCACCGGUGAUUAACGGGGUCUCUUCUGACGUUGAAUCACUGUUUGUAUCUAACAUCGUUGCCGAUAGCAUGUACGAGGGCGUUUGUGUGGCACGUGGAUUAUGCAACAUUAUGACUGAUCUAUUUGAAAGUAACAUCCUGUUUCAAUCGAAUUUGGAUGAGCGAGAUGUAGUGUUGCGUUUAGCAUGCAGCCUUCUUAUUUUGAACUUACAGGAAAGUUCUUUGUACAGGUUAGUGAGUGGGUACAGUGAGCCGCUGGAGGGGGGAUCCUGUGGAUAUACGCCUGACAAACAAGAACCCGGUCCAUUGACGCUGAUUCAAACCAGCGUCGGGGCUCUUUUGCGGGUGAUGAUGUCACACGGGUUGCUUAUUAAAUCGGUUCAUGGAGCUAUGAUCCUCAAUACUUUGCUGGGGCACCUGUCUGAGAUGUCGCGUCUAGACAGGAUUGACUGGAAAGUAACGUGGGAAUUAGAGCUGCUUCGUUGGAUGGCGGAAACUAGUACGCAGAGUACGGCAGCCUCUAACUCGCUGGCCACUAGGGAAACAGGGGAAGGGGGGGAUACCUUGGAAGGGGGUGACGGCACGGCUGCUCCUCACACAAUACUAGAAACCUUACUUUCAAAGCCAAAAGUGCUAAGCGAUGUUAUUCGUGCUCUGAUUGGAUGUGUUCGUCGGCAAACUUCACCAGAGUCACUUGAGGCAGGGGCCGUAUUGUUUAAAAUGUUCAAGGAGACACUGCCGCAUAUCAAUUGCAUCUCGAGACACAUGGACGAGGUGAUUUAUGAUGUGGCUGCAGAUCUGAUAAACGCAUUGUUGGAUGUUAGGAUUCUGCAACCAAUGCUGUGGUUUGCAGAUGCGUCUCCCAGGCAGGGGGUAUUGCACCAACUGCUCAAACUCUUCCCGCUGGAAAAGGUGCAGCUACUUCUUCAAAGGGAGCUUGCACUCCGUUGUGGAAAGGUGCCGAUGGAUGAAUACUUGUUGGCUACCGCAAACUCAUCCAUUGUGCUUUGCGAGAAAAAUAGUGUAAAGGAUACACUUUCAGCAGCCUGGCAAUGCCUAGUGGAUGGGGGAAAUGUCAUGGCGGCGGAUGCGGUUGUCAUUCUCUUGCGGUUGACAAAGCAAGUAGAUGUGGAGGCAAUGGCGCUGAGUUUGCUAGAGGCGUUGGCCACGGGGCGUGCGACUCUGCACCGGCUGGAUUCGUCACUGCACGUGGCGUUAACUUACGCGGUCCUUAUAGAAAGGUUGCCCCUCAGCGGUGGUGGUGACAAAGAUGCGCUGCUUUUUGUGAAGCAACUGCUACGAUCGCGGGAGGGGACGCCAGCGAUGGCGCUGUGGUGCACCAUUGGUGUCCUCAGUGGCUUCAGAAAGCGCAUCGCCCAACUGUGCCAGUCCAGAAUGAGUGAUGCAGCCUCCUCGUGCUGUUUUGAGACGGAGUCAAAGGACGGUGACUCUGCCGCCGUCCUCACCGCCUUUAGGGAGAUUACAGACGUGCUUGAAGCGCUCGCCGUCGUCACUCCGAAUUGGUCGUUUGAGGAGCUUGCGAGUAACAACGCACCGACGCUGUUUUGGCAGCAAAUGGUGGCGUUUGUAACAGAGACGCUUUCUGUAGCGGAGUGGUUGCGUGCCCACUCGACUGCGUCCGGCAGCGUGGAGAGGACGCAGUCGACGGAGGUGAUUGUUCUGGAUGACGAAGGGGGGACGGAUAAACCACAGGAAACUCUGAACCUAGAGGAGGAUGUUUUUAUUGUGAGCUUCAGUAAAAAACGUCGAGGGCGGCCGCAACAACGGCGCUGUGGCGAGGCCGAAGAAAAGGAGGAGUCAGAGGAAAUGUACAACAACAGUAGCGGUGGUGUCGAUGAGUUGUUGCGUGGCGUCAGUGCUUCUCUGGAAGCCAUCGGCUGGGUAGCACGCCAAUUCCUCUUUACACGACCCUCGCAGACAUCGGAUGCUCUUCAUGACACGUUGCUAUCGUUUGUUUGUUUGUGUGUGGCGCUUUCUCCUGUGCGGUGGGAAGCCAUGGAAGAUAUUGUUCUGACGCGUGGCCUGAAUCACAGCAAUCGCAUCGUUCGCCACGGCUACGUUGCGUUAGUGCUACGUAUGCUACUUACUCGAUGGAAUGACGCUGGCAUUGCGCGCGUGCUUAUGCAGAAUUUGUUGCGAGUUAAGGGGGAUGCGGCGGUGCAACAGCAUUGGUGCCUUGAGGCAUUACUGGCCGCCUUUACUGGUGAGUUUCACUUGGUGCUUUUAGGGCAGGGUAUGUACCAUGACGUUUCUUCUUCUGCGGUUGCCUCGUUACCUCUAGCAAUCACCCCGACCCCGCAACAAGAGCAGCAACGCGCAGCCUGCAGGAGUCUUUUUGAGAUGUGCAUGGAAAUUUGGGAAAACAACACCUUCACGCAGCCCACCAAAUCCACGGCGCUGAGUGCAGCACAUGCCAUUAUGUUGCAUUCUUCCUGGUCGGUGGCUGCGUUAUGCUGGGGGAAUGCUGACAUGAUUUAUACCUCGUUUUUUAAGGCCAUGUGUGAUUUAGAAGGAAGCACCGUGCAAGGUGUUGCCCUGGCUUGUCUUGAGGAGUCGCUGCCCCUCUGUGUUCUCUCCGACGGAGGCAAGGAAAGGCUGCAACAGAUAUCGGCGUUGUUGGAAGAGCCACUUUCUCAACGCAGCGUAUUUGCUAGGGUGAUGGCGUACAUUUUGCUGGAGUAUGCCCAUGCACAGGCGACGGUGAAGUUGGAAAAGAUCCAGAGGCUAUUGGAUUUUUUUUCAAUCCCCUUAGAGAAUUUACCGGAUAUGGUGAUUGACGCCCGUGCGCCGCUUAUUGUUAGUUUUAUCUACUUGGAAGCUGGGCGUCGGCUCCGCAGCGUGGAGUUGCAGCUUGAGACGGCUGAGGUGAAUCUCACGGAAACAUGCAAGAAGGAUGACAGUGGUCUUCUCUCCAACUUCAACCUUGCAGUGGAGGUAGCGCUUCGUGUUAUGGAGUGCGGUCCUGCUGCGGAUGCGAUUUUGCAAGCGCUGGUAACACCGGUUGCAAUAGAGAUGGAUGUAAGGGCGCUAACAGGGGAUGUCUUUCACGUGUUGGAUGCGAUGGCAGAGCUUGUGGGUUUUGGUAUCGGGCCCUUGAAGGUGACUCACCAUGUCUCUAUCUGCAUUGUGCGGCGCUGCCUGUGCAGUCUGACGUUGCUCAUACGAUUACUUGGCUCCCACGCGACGACUGUUGCGCCCAAGCUGCCAGCCAUAUUGAUGCACUGCAGUGCACGGCCACAGUUGGUGCAGUCAGUGUGUGUGGUCUGGCGUGAGUUACUUGCAAAUUGCACGAAGGAAUACCUCAAGGAACACGCUUUUAGUAUUGUUGUGGAUCUUCUUAGCAUGGUACAGCUGGCUGAGGCUCAUGGCUGUAGUCUUGAUGUGGAGGGAGGGUCCUUGCCUUUGUUGGAAGAGGCCAUGCGGAUCGUUUACGAGAGUUCUUCACGAGAGGCCUUCUGGGAGUGGUACUUUCUAGUGAUGGGUGAGACAAAUGAACUUGUCCGCCGGUUGAGGGUGGGUGGCAGCCAUUCAGUGUCCUUUUCAGAAGCACAGGGUCCGGGAAAGGGCCCGGCACACACGGGACAUAACGCCACAGUUGUUGUGGCUGGUUUUUUGUCCGUGAUGCAAUCGGGCUCCGCCAAGUGCAACGAGGCGUUUGUCCGUGCCCUUUAUCAAUAUCUUUACAAAAUGGACAGUGCGGGUCGGAUGGAGAUGACACGGGCGGCUGAGGCGAGCCCGCAGUUUAUUUCCACGUUGCUCAAUUGCGCAUGUGAGCUGCGCAACGACAACCUUGAGUACAUAUUGGCUUGCGUUGGCAUGAUUGGUGCCGCAGCCCACUCGCACGCUCCAUUGCUAGCAGCGGAGCGAAAUCUUACUUCGCAUAGUGAUUCCAUGUCGUUUUCCCUGACUAGCGGCGGAAGUGGGGCUUUACGGGGCAUGCACUUUCUGCCGCAGGACGUAUUGGACUGGCGUACCCUGGCGCACAAAUUGCUCGGUGUCUACUGUCCGCGGUCUCUUGCAAACACAGCUGACCCCACCAUGCAUGACCGCGCUGCGUACGCUGUACAACAGCUUCUGCGUGUCUGUACAGACACCGAGCGGCGACUGGUUGACCGCUUGUCCCUUGAGGCUACAGAAGCUGUAGACGUUAAGGAGCUUCAGGAAUACGUGUGGUGGUCGCAAUUGGAGCCAAAGUGUCAGCAACUUCUGGCAGGAUAUACCAUGACUCGCUACGACAAAAACGUCCUCACAAGGACUGAACUACGCAGUCCGGUGUACGCGGCUGGAAUGUCUUUUAAUGAGUGGUUGGUUUUAUGGUUCCGUGACCUUGUCGAGCGCUGUGAGGGUAUUUUUGGGCUUAUGAUGGGCUCGCUGCGCAACAUGGCAAAGGGCGACCACGUCCUCAUCACAUGCCUUUUGCCCCUCAUUAUUGUUCACCUUCUACGCAUGAGUAACGUUGACCAUUGCAAUGCGGUGUUGACUGAGGUGACAAAUUUGCUUCGCGUUGCGUCACCUAGCACACGACACGAGGAGAGACAGACUGGCUCACUUUAUUCGCAGGGCAUCAUGCGUGAGGUUGCCACGCCCGGGGCACGCGCCACUGGCGUAGAGGAACAUGUGCAAGAGGUCUUUCAGAUUCUUGAGAAUAUUGAGCACCUGCGACUAAAUCUGCUUCGCUCCGCCCGCAAACUUCACACAUCGCGUGCGGGUACGCUUGACCUAACGGAAGCGACACAUGUGGAUGCCGUCUGCAAAAACUUUCUUCUUCUUGUGCCAUGGACCACCAAGGCGGCGGCGGCGGUGGCCAUUGGGAGCAACAUGCGUGCGCUACGAUGCAUAGAGAGCCAGCAGUAUUUACCAUCCGUGCACGACGUUAUGAAGCAUAACAUAUCCCUUCAGUGUAUUUUUGCCGCUCUCGGCGACAGGGAUUCAUCACGGAGUCUGCACCGCACACAAGUACACCAACCUGAGGAUUCAGCCUUUUCGUAUGAGAACAACGGUGAGUGGAGUCUUGCACUGCAGGCAAGCGAGUUGGUGCUACAACACCAACCCAAUAGUAUUAACCAUCAGUUUACUCUUCUGCGUUGUAUGCAGCAACUCGGACAAUUACACCUCAUGUCUCGCUACAGUCAAGCUCUUCUGACGCAAUACUCACGCCUUCCAGGCGAGCACGGGAAGGAGGGCAAUCUUUAUUGGGACGCAAAGAUGACCGCAUUGCAGAACUACGCGAAUGAGGCGGCAUGGCGUCUUGGGGAAUGGGAACGUAUUGAGCCUCGCCACGACCUUCCAAUUAGCGUGGCACCACCCAUCAGAGCCUUCACCAACUUACUUUACAAGCGAGGCACAUUGAACGAGGUAUUCUCCGCUUGCAAAAUGCAGCGGCAAAAAAUAGCACCCGUCAUCCGUGCAGCCUUUAGGGAAAGUUAUGCUCAGGUGCAUUCACACGUUGCCGUUCUUCACGCCCUAAGUGAUAUUGAGACCGCAGCUGAGACUGCGAUGUCUCUGCAAAUGGAUGAAAAGCCUGAUGGAAACGUACUUUCCGUUCAUGAUGGCAUCUUGAGUAACACGACACGCCUUCAGGAGUUUGCAUCGUUGCUGCAGCAACGAGCCUGUCUAACGGAGACCACACCAGAAACGCAGGAGCUUUUAAUAUCACUUCAUCGCGCUAUUUUUAGGGCGUUUGACAUGAAGGAAGAGGUGACUAAAACGUGGAUGCAGCACGCAAAGAUGUUGCGUGAUGAGGGGCUUUUAGAGGCGGCACUGAGUGCAGCCAAACGAGCGAAACUGGGAGACGGCUACGUUGAUCCAUCCUACUAUACCACCGUGGCUAAGCUUCUGUACGAGAUGAACAUGCCAAAUCAAGCUGUUGAGUUUGCCGAGAAUGUCGUCAACGAUGCGCUCGGCCCGCUUGUUACUCGCGCCAAGCUACGGCUGCUAGUCACGCGAUGGCGGCAAGAGACGGGGUAUCAAACCUCCCAGGAGGUGAUUGCAGGGUAUGAGGCGGCACUGAAAAUGAAUGAAUCUGAAAAGGCUCACCACCACCUUGGCUUGUUUUACGAAACAUUGUAUCGCUCUAUUCAGAACUCUACACAGGAGGCUGGCGCACUUCUCAGUGCCUCUUCUGAUGACAUUGAAGAGAAUAAAGUGGUGCGAAAUAUCGAGUCUUAUGUGCUCCAGGCGAUUCAUCAUUUUGGGCUUGCGCUGCGGCUGGGCAGCAAAACGAUGGUCGUCUCCCUGCCUCGCAUGCUGACACUGUGGCUCAAUUGCUCCACCGUGUUGGCUGCGAAGUCGGGAUCAGCCGCGGUUCUUGCGGAUUCGCUGCUUAAAAAGAUGAAUGAAAUGAUGGAGCGGUUUCUAUUACAACCGGGCACGAGGUUGCCAGUCACACAACUCAUUACAGCCCUUCCCCAGCUGCUGUCUCGCAUUGGUCAGGACAACGCCCGCGUGGUUAGGAUCGUCACGGGCACCGUUGUCAACCUUAUGGUGGAGUUCCCGCAGCAAUGCCUGUGGCAGGUGCUUCCAAUUAUGUUUAGUAAGCAACGCCAACGCAGCGAGACGGCGCGCACUGCGAUCGUUCUCGAGUUUGUGAACCGCGUCCCGACCCAAAAGCGGCUCGUUGAGGACAUGCUUGCUUUAUUCAAGUCGCUUAUUGAGCUCUGCAACUGCCCUGCAGCAAGCCUUGUCGGUGGCCGUUCAUCGUCGCAGGCGUCGCUUGCCGGGAAACCCUUUAUGCAGCGGAUCCAGCAGAUCCUGCCAGUGACACGCAUUAUUCUGCCGACGAUGGCCAACCUGUCGCCGAAUGUUAUGCGUGUGACGGAGAACACGGCUGUCUUUGCUGGUUCUGCAGCGUUUCAGAGCCUGGAGGAGCGUGUAACCAUCAUGAGCUCACUGCAGAAGCCCAAGCGUAUAACGAUAAUAAGCGAUGAGGGGGCACGUGUUCCUUUUUUGUGUAAGGCGAGGGAUGAACCCAGGAAGGAUAUGCGAAUGAUGGAAAUUGCCUCCUUAAUGAAUACGUUCUUCCUUACGGACCCGGAGCCGAGGCGCAAGCGGUUUGCACUGCGCCGGUACGCCGUUGCCGCUCUCAGUGAUGACUGCGCCAUUAUCGAAUGGGUCAGCAACCUUGUCCCCUUUCGCAGGGUGGUGGAGGAUUGCUAUGCAUGGGAAGGCACGGGUGUCCGCGUUUCGCAGGUAAAGGCGUGGAAGGCCAUGGUGGACAACGGAUCACUCACCAAGAUGGACAUGCUGCGGAAGCAUAUCUUCCCCAAAACGAAGCCAGUCUUUCACAACUGGUUUCACCGUCACUUUCCUAGUCACCAGGAGUGGUUUAACGCGCGUAACUGCUACACACAAACCACGGCACUGUGGAGCAUCGCAGGGCACAUCGUUGGUCUUGGUGACAGACAUGGCGAGAACCUCAUGCUGGAUUUGCGUUGUGGGGAGUUGUUACACGUGGACUUUGCAUGCUUAUUUGACAAGGGUGAGUUCCUGGAAAUCCCAGAGCGGGUACGGUUUCGCCUGACGCAAAAUGUGGUUGACGGCAUGGGGAUACUUGGUGUUGACGGACCCUUUCGCGCAUGCUGCGAGUUGGCUCUUCGCUGCCAAAUGAAAAACAAGACCGCCGUCAUGAGCGUUGUUGAAACGCUUUUGUAUGACCCUCUCGUUGAAUGGACGCGACACUCGUCGUUGCGUCAGAAGAACUUUGAUCCCAGGCAGCUGAUUGGACGUGUCUCGCGGCGUCUGGACGGAUUUCUUGACUUGUACAGUUCCACCCGCGAGAAGGACACGUUAGCGCUCAGCUGUGAGGGCCAAGUCUCGCGCCUCAUCAGUCACUCCUCCGCACUCGAAAAUCUCUCCGAGAUGUAUAUCUGGUGGAUGCCGUGGCUGUAA